UUACUCUUUAGAAAACACGUAUAUAUUUUUCUCUGAACGUUGAGCAACCACAUUCUCUUGCGUUCCUUGAGCUUUAAGUCUUCCUCUGGCAAUUUGAAAAAUGACUGGACUUAAUAUUUUUAUUGGCGUACUGGUUUUACUAGUGUCCGGCACUACUUUUGAUAAGCAUGCCGUUUGCGGAAAUGUGGAGACCAUAGAUGGCCAGUUGGUCCGGAUUGUUGACAAGUGUACCCCUGGAGAUGACAGUACAUGUCCCAGCGGAAAAUGUUGUGUGAAAGAGGGUCUUGCAUACAUUCCAGAAUACACCGGGCCAAAACCAGCCUACCAGAUUGCAUGUAAACCGUACAGGCAACAAGGAGAAUUUUGCUACCCUUCUCACGUGCAUACAAAUACUCAUACAAAUACUCAUGAGAUAUGCCCGUGUUCUCCUUCACUCAAUUGUACAUCACAUGGCAUUUUUGGACAUUGUCAGUGAUCUGACAUAAAAUGUUGAAUUAUAAAACGUGUAUUGAUAUAAAGUUGUAAAGUUUU